AUGCAGCGCCAGAAAUCAAUCCUCUCCUUUUUCCGGAAACCCUCGCCGGAGAAGAGCAGCACCGCCGCCGCAGACGAUGGCCGGCGAGCUGACCAUUUCGCGGCGAAGCAGCAGGAGCAGAAGGCCGUAGGAUCCAAUCAGGCUCCGGAUCUCAAAGUCCGAGGAACCGACACGCCGCCGGAGAAGGUGCCACGUCAGAUUCUGACGGCGAAUUCUGCGAGCCUGAGAGACUCUUCGCCUUUCUCUAGUAUUAUGCAUAAGUUUAUGAAGGUCGAUGACUCACAUAAGGCUUCUCAGAGCCACCGGAAUGAACCAACUGGUGGUUCCGGUAAUGAUUGUGUAGUAUCUGGUAAAUUUAAUGAUGCGAAUUCCGGUGAGAAACUUAAAAAAGGUUCUGUGAUGCUUAUCGAAAGUGAUGAUGACAUUGCUGGACCAGAAACACCGGGGACACAGCGUCUAGUACCUCGUAUGAAGCGGAUUCAAGAGGAGAUACCUAAGUUUGGGGAUAUAUUUGGGAGUUCUGUGCCAAAUUCUAGUAAAAGAUUGAAAGUUCUUGAGGAGCCGAUAGUCUUAGACAAGAGCCGUGGGGAGGCGUCUGAAAUGGCUAGCAAGUUUGAGUGGCUUGAUCCGUCCCGAAUUAGAGAUGCGAAUCGCAGAAGGCCUGGUGAUCCUCUCUAUGACAGAACAUCGCUUUAUAUACCGCCUGAUGCUUUGAAGAAAAUGUCCGCAUCACAGAGACAAUACUGGGAUGUCAAGUGUCAGUAUAUGGAUGUUGUGAUUUUCUUUAAAGUGGGAAAGUUUUAUGAGCUAUAUGAAAUAGAUGCUGAAAUUGGCCACAAGGAGCUUGAUUGGAAAAUGACCUUGAGUGGUGUUGGGAAAUGCCGCCAGGUUGGCAUAUCUGAAAGUGGGAUUGACGAUGCUGUUCAAAAAUUGGUUGUCCGUGGGUAUAAAGUUGGACGGAUAGAGCAGCUGGAAACUUCUGAGCAAGCAAAAGCCAGAGGUGCCAAAGCUGUAAUUCCAAGAAAAUUGGUUCAGGUUGUCACACCAUCAACCACAACUGAUGGAAAUAUUGGACCUGAUGCUGUUCAUCUUCUUGCAAUAAAAGAGGGGAACUCUGGGGUUGAUAAUGGUUCAGUUGUAUAUGGGUUUGCUUUUGUUGAUUGUUCUGCUUUAAAGUUCUGGAUUGGUGCUAUCAGUGAUGAUGCUUCCUGUGCUGCUUUGGGGGCUCUAUUGAUGCAAGUGUCACCUAAAGAAGUUAUAUAUGAGAAUAGAGGGCUGUCAAAAGAAGCUCAAAAGGCACUCAAAAAGUACUCAACAGGUUCUGCACUGCAAUUGACUCCAGUGCAGCCGGUCAAUGAUUUUGUGGAUGCUUCUGAAGUUAGUAAACUGAUUCAGUUGAAAGGAUACUUCAAAGGGUCUUCUAAUUCAUGGAAUCAUGGACUUGAUGGUGUACACCAUGACAUCACUUUACCUGCUCUUGGUACACUUAUUGACCAUCUAUCCAGGUUGAUGUUAGAUGAUGUUCUACGCAAUGGAGAUAUAUUACCUUACCAAGUUUAUAGUGGUUGCCUCAAAAUGGAUGGACAGACACUGAUAAAUCUUGAGAUUUUCAGUAAUACUGCUGAUGGUGGUCCAUCAGGUACGCUGUAUGCAUUUCUCGAUAACUGUGUGACAGCAUCUGGUAAGCGGCUUCUGAGGAAGUGGAUCUGCCAUCCCUUGAAAUCUGUUGAAGCCAUUAAUAACCGGCUUAAUGUGGUUGAAGAUCUACUGGGUCAUCCAGAAAUGGUACCACUUAUUGCUCAGUAUCUCCGCAAGCUUCCAGACUUAGAGAGGUUGUUUGGACGGGUCAGGGCAAGUGUCCAGUCGUCAGCUUCCCUCCUAUUGCCAUUAUUUGGCAAGAAAGUACUAAAACAGAGAGUGAAAGUGUUCGGGACUCUUGUGAAAGGCCUCAGAUUUGGACUGGAUUUGUUAAAGGUGUUACAAAAUGAAGGGCAUAUGAUUGAGCUAUUAUUAAAACUAUUUAAAGUUCCAAGUCUAAGUGGCAGUGAUGGGCUUGAUCUAUAUCUUAAGCAAUUUGAAGCAGCUGUAGAUAGUGAUUUCCCAAAUUACCAGGAUCAUGGUGCAACUGAUUCAGAUGCCGAAACACUCUCAAUUCUAGUCGAGCUAUUUAUGGAGAAAGCAACUGAGUGGACUGAUGUCAUACAUGGCAUCAACUGUAUUGAUGUACUGAGAUCUUUUGCAGUUACUUCAAGUUUCCCAGGUGGAGCCAUGUCCAGACCUGUUCUUUUGCCUCAAUCUCAAACAACCUUGAAUGGAGAAAAUGGAUGUCCUACACUCAAUAUUAAAGGGCUGUGGCAUCCAUUUGCUCUUGGUGAAAAUGGUGGACUGCCUGUACCAAAUGACGUAGUUCUAGGUGAAAAUACUGAUGGAUAUCAUCCACGCACUUUACUAUUAACUGGACCGAACAUGGGUGGGAAAUCAACUCUUCUUCGUUCCACAUGUCUGGCUGUAAUACUUGCCCAGCUGGGCUGUUACGUGCCCUGUGAGAUAUGUGUUCUCUCACUUGUGGACAUCAUCUUUACACGGCUUGGUGCCACUGAUCGUAUCAUGACUGGCGAGAGUACCUUCUUUGUGGAAUGCACAGAGACGGCAUCAGUUCUUCAGCAUGCAACUCCAGAUUCUUUGGUUAUUCUUGAUGAAUUGGGUCGUGGAACAAGCACUUUUGAUGGAUAUGCCAUUGCAUAUGCUGUAUUUCGCCAUCUUGUUGAAAAGAUUAACUGCAGAUUGUUAUUCGCCACACACUAUCACCCGCUUACGAGAGAAUUUGCGUCUCAUCCACACGUUUCAUUACAACACAUGGCAUGUGCAUUUAGGUCAAAAUCUGUAUCCCCUUUAAAAAGAGACCAAGAGCUGGUAUUUCUCUAUCGCCUUACCUCAGGGGCAUGCCCAGAGAGUUAUGGAUUGCAAGUAGCAAUGAUGGCUGGGAUCCCUGAGAAGGUGGUUGAAGCUGCUUCGAAGGCUGGCCAAGUAAUGAAGAAAUCCGUUGGAGAAAGCUUCAAGUCUAGUGAACAGAGAUCAGAGUUCUCAACUCUCCAUGAGGAAUGGCUGAAGACACUGCUAACAGUUUCACAAGCCGGUAACUAUAACGACGAAGAUUCAUUGGAUGUAUUGUUUUGCUUGCAGCAAGAACUAAAGUGCUCAUAUAGAUCAGCUAACUGA